UAAAGUUAAUCCUGUAUUGCACUGGUAGCCAAUGGAGGUCACGUAGAAGAGGGGUCACCAAAUUUGAGUGAUAAUUGCAAAAAUAUGUUAAUCAAACACUUUUAAAUGACGUGACAACAAAGUAAUGGAGGUGGGGGUUACAAUUUAACUAAACUUUAAUAACUGAGCAGCACAUUACAACAAUGCCAGGAAGUUGGAGUGAUGUAAAGCAGGCAACUCCAGAGAUCCAGAAGAUCUGCGAUCAGAUAAAGGCAGAUACAGAGAAAGCAGUCGGUCAAACGUUUAGUGCUUUCAUUGCAAAACGUUUCGCUGAACAAUUCGCUUCAGGAAAGCACUACUUAAUCAAGGUUUAUGUAGGAGAUGAUGAGCACAUACAUCUGAAAGUUUUUCAAUGUCUGCCAUGUGAUGACGGGAAAAUGGAGCUUUCUGGAUUCCAGUACCCAAAAACCAACGAUGACCCUCUAACACCCUUCUAAGAGGCUGUAAAGACGAUCAGCAUUGAAAACAAUACUGUAUCUAUCUCUUUUCAAAACACACAUAAACCAGAUGCAAUGUUUUACAGGUUUCUUUCUUUUUAACCAUAUACCUGUUUUAAUGAAGGACCUUUGUUCAAUUAGAAAUAGUUUUGCCUGGCUCCUCAAAAAUGUAAAAUACCUGAAAUUCUGUAUCUUAGAGAAUAGAUUAACUGUUUUCAAUGCUUGAAAUCUGGAAAUAAAUGAACAGCUUCAUAUUAUGUUUCAUCUGUCUUAAA